AUGGACAUAAUUGGUAUAUCUGAAACCAAACUCAACCGUAACAACUCUAAACAUUGUAUGAGAAAAUGUAAUACAUUUCAAUCUUUUUGGAGCUCACACCCUGACCAGCCUAACUCAGCUGGUGUAGGUCUUCUUAUUUCAAAAUCAUUAGCUAGACAUAUAGUAAAAAUUGAAAAAUAUCAAGGACGCAUAAUAUAUGCUGACUUAUAUUUUAAAGGAAAGAAAAAAUUACGAAUUAUUCAGGUUUAUAUCAAUUCUAAUACCAACAAAAAACAAGAAAGAAUUACAACUUCAAAACAAGUAAUUAAAUAUUGUCAAGAGGCAUUAAACAAAAAUUUUUUUACAAUUGUAAUGGGUGACUUCAAUGCAGACCCUGAAAUUCUUCAUAAUUUGCAGAUUAAUAAUCAUACUAUACCUUACACAUAUAAUCUGAUUUCAACAUUACAAACUUUAAAUUUUAUAGACAGUCUUAAAAUCACAAAUCCAAACUCACCUCAAUACACAUGGUCUAAUAAUAACUCAAAAUCACGUAUAGAUCAAAUUUGGAUUUCGCAUAAUUUUGCUCAUGAUCUUGCUCGCACAAAAACUGUUGAUUAUACAUCAAUUUUUUCAACAGACCAUAAAUUAAUAUGGUGUGAUUUAAUAACUUCUAAUUUCUACAAACAUCGUUCCGAUAAUAAUGAACAAAGACAUUGGGAUUAUAACCAGUGUAUAAAUAAUUUUCAACCUACAUGUUCUUGGUUAAAUAGAUCAUGGACCAUACUACAGCAAAUAAUUAUCCAAACUGCUGACAAAGAAAUACCAUUUGAUAAAAUUAGCAGGAAAGAUAGUAAUAAAAGAUCCAAAGAUACUUUGAUAUUACAUAAAUCCCUUAAAUCAUUUGGUCAACAUUACCAAGAUUACUCAAUACCUUUAGAAAACCUACCUGAUACUUUAUAUGAUAAUGUAUAUGAACAAACAUAUAAAUAUUUAAUAUCUAUCUUCAACACCAUUAAAUCACAGAAGAAAAUAGAAGACAAGAUUGAAAUUGAAAAGCAAAUUAAAUUUUUCACGAAAAAAAGAUGUGAACAUUAUACAUCAAAUCAAAAAGUCAUGAUUAACAGUAUUUUAGAACGUGAAAAACAAUCUAUUAGAAUUAAUCGUUGCGUAAUUAACAAAGAUGGUGAAGAUGAAAUUCUCCUCUUACCUGAUGAUGUUAAAAAAGCAACUAAAAAUCAUUUUAGCAGUAUUUCAAAUAAUAAUCAUACUACACCUAAUACAUUACCAUCUCCAUGUUGA